AUGCCAUCAUCUAACCCCCCCUUAUCACAGAAUACUUCGUUAGUACUUCGAGACGUCGGCCAGUUGGUGUUUGAAGAUCGCCCUGUGCCACGGUUGUGCGAUCCUCAUGAUGUCCUCGUGAACGUAAAGUUUACCGGCAUCUGUGGCAGUGAUGUUCACUAUUGGCAGCGCGGCCGGAUCGGCCAAUUUAUCCUGCAACGUCCUAUGGUCGUCGGGCAUGAGUCCUCAGGCAUCGUAGUACAAGUGGGACCCGAAGUGACCACACUCCAAGUGGGCGAUCGCGUCGCGCUUGAACCGGGUGUGCCUUGUCGGCGGUGUAUGUCGUGUAAGACGGGACAAUAUAACCUAUGCAGCGAGAUGGCCUUUGCGGCAACCCCCCCGUACGAUGGCACCUUGGCCAAGUACUACUCCCUCCCGGAAGACUUUUGCUAUAAGCUCCCCUCCAAUGUGACGAUGGAGGAAGGUGCCCUUGUUGAGCCGCUCAGUGUUGCUGUGCAUCUGGUUCGGCAAGGAAUGGUGCAACCAGGGCACUCGGUCGUCGUCUUUGGAGCCGGACCUGUCGGCCUCUUAUGUUCUGCCGUGGCCCGGGCGUUCGGAGCGACCCAUAUCACGGUGGUAGACGUGCAGGCCCAGAGACUGGAGUUUGCUCGGAAUUACAGCGCGACUUCGGUGUUCCUCUUGGAUAAAUGCGCGUCCGCGGCAGAGGAUGCGUCACGGCUGAGGCAGGUUAAUGAGUUCGGAGCUGGGGCGGAUGUUGUGAUCGAGGCGUCGGGUGCAGAGGCUGCGGUCCACACUGGUAUUCAUGUUCUAAAGCCGGGUGGCACCUUUGUCCAAGGAGGCAUGGGUAGAGAGGAGAUCAACUUUCCGAUCACUGCAGCCUGCACCAAGGAACUGAAUAUUCGAGGCAGUUUCCGAUACGCAGCAGGUGAUUAUAAACUGGCAAUUGAGCUUAUAUCAACUGGCAAGGUGAAGGUCAAGGACUUGAUUACCAAGAUCGUACCAUUCGAAGACGCUGAAGGGGCAUUUGAGGAGGUCAAGGCAGGAAAUGGUAUUAAAACACUCAUUGCUGGGGUUCGAAGCUAG